AUAUAGCAGUCCCAAGAUACCAACAUGCAGGUUCGGAAAGGAUGGAUGCUGGCACUGGCAUUCUUGUGUAGCUGUCUCCUCAACCCAGGGGUGGCGUCAUCAUCAAGCUCGAGUGCCACCCCCUCCCCCGCGUCGACACCGAGCCCAGCGUUGACACCCAGCCCCGGGGCGACACCAAGCCCCAGCGGCACGCCGGCACCACCCAGCGCCACGCCAUCCCCCGGAGGGUCGUCUAGCAGCAGCAGCAGCAGCAGCAGCAGCAGCAGCAGCAGCAGCAGCAGCAGCAGUGGCACAAGCAGGGGUACCGUGGUGGCGUGGGCGUUCUUCACCGUGUUGCUCGGCGUGGCGCUCUUGAUGUUCCUGUACAAUCGCGAGCAAAACAAGAGAUUGCGGGCACAGCGCGGGGAUUUCCUUCGACAGAGUCUGGCGUCGAAUGACACCAUGAAUCCACCGUAUCACCAACCAGAGCCACUGCCGGGGCACAAGCCGGAUCCCACCAUGUCUUCGUUUUAAAAUCGUACAUAUGCAUACUAGUGUAGUUCGGACGUUUCCCUGGUGCCAACAUGGCUGAUUUGCGGACUGUGUCUGGGUGGCUUGGUGAAGUGCUGUAUUUCGUUGAUCGUUCGGUUUGUCGAGUUCAACCCGUUAGGCAAAUGAAGACACCCAACAGAAUACCCAUUGGUCGAACUUCAGUAAUGCUAUCGUGCUUGCGUGGUUGCUCUCUUUGCUACUUUUUAUUCCCUGCGGUGUGUUGCCGCCUCUUCGUUUACUACAUUGUUGUCGUGGUGCCAUCCAGUAUUUUUUAUACUUCUUUACCAUGUUGAUGCUUUGCUGGCAGCCUGUGGCAUCGUGGUCGCGGUGAACCAAGCAGAUUUCAUCCCAUGUUGGGGGUUGUUGGCCAUGCUCACCUUCGUCAGUUUCAUGGAAGUUGUUUUGUUGUAUUUGUGUGGUAUGCUUCUCGAAGCAUCGGCUUCCUUUUUCAAGUGAAGAGGUUUGCCCUCUUCUGUCUCCAAGUGUCCCGGGUGAGAGACAGCGUCGAAGAGCCGGGGUGUCAAGCACGCACGGCUCCACUUCUUGAGAGGCACGGUUCGUCGGAAAUAAUAAUACGUACUGGUGUAGCGCG